UUUCUUUAAUAAAUUCUUUCAUUUUUUCAUUUUCUUUUUCCCUAAACUAGGAACCAAACAACCAAAGAGAAUUUUUAAUCCUGUUUUCCUCCAUUUUCCCAGUUUCCAAACAGAAUCCAAACAAAAAUACUCCGAUGCGGCGGAGUUUGGGUUGAGAAGUUGGCGCUUCGUUUCGUUUGAGAACCAGUUUCGCACAGAUAGGUGGAUAUGUAUCUUUAAAGUGAAAAGAAAGAGAAAUGGUGGUUGGAUCAUCUUCUUCUUCUUCUUCUUCGAUGUUGUCGCGGACAGUCGAGGAAUUCGUAAGGAAGGAGGUGGCAGAUUGGGACGAUGAGGUGAUGGCGACCGCAAGAUUCAAGGCAUUUAGCGGACAGAGGUCGGAUUGGGAGCCCAAAUACGCUUUCUGGAGAGACCUCAUCCUUAAGGUGGCCACCCACCUCGGCGUCUUCUUCUUUCAUCCUUCCGAGGUUAAAAACAUUUGGUUCAGUCGAGGAGGCCUGAGUCCUUUAUGCCUUGACCGUGUACUGCUCGAAAUGUAUAAUGCUGGUAUUAUUUUAAGAAUGGGGGAUCUAGUAGAUCCAUCAAGUGCUCGAUUCUCUCAAAUUUUCAGAAGAGUAGUACAAGUGAUGGGUUUGUCUAGAUCAUUAACUCAGGUGGAUAUCAUGGAAGACCAUCUCAUUCUCUUGCCACUAUUACAGGUUAAGGCUGCUGAAGUUGUCAAAACGAUAUCAGAGAAUCAUUGGACUUCCUCAUGCAUCAUUACGAUGAGGAAGUUCAAGGACAUCUGCGGAGGAUCCAAGGAAGCAUCUACCAUCUUGAGUCACUUGUCAGGAUGCAGGAAAGUACAGUACCUUGUGAUAAGCAAGAGGGACUUCAUGGAGGGCGUGAAAGUAUCUUCCACCCAAGAAGCAGUUUCUAGUUUCACAAGUCUGGAUUAUGAUGUUUUGCAUUUGGUUUCAACAGUAGAUAAACUUCAACAACAGCUUGAUACAAUUAACCGACGUUGGGAAACGUCAAGAGAAUUAGCUUUAGCUUCUCUGAAAUCUGGAAGCAGAAAUGCUGCUCUGAAGCAUGCAAGAGAAGUAAAACUAGCCUCUGAAAGCAGAGAAAAAUGUACAUCACUUCUGAACAGAGUGGAGGAAGUCCUCAGAGCCAUAGCCGAUGCAGAAUCAUCGAAAAAGGUAACUGAAGCCAUCCAAAUUGGUGCAAGAGCAAUAAAGGAGAACAGGAUCAGCGUGGAAGAAGUUCAGCUCAUAUUACAAGAACUUGAUGAUAGCAUUGAUUUGCAGAAGCAAGUGGACAAUGCUUUAGAAUCUACUUCGUUGUUCACGGGGAUUGAUGAUGCAGAUGUUGAAGAUGAGUAUAAGAGAUUAGAGAUGGAAGUUGGAAGUCAUUCCUCCCAAGUAUGCAGCUCCGCAGUUGGUGUGAAUAAUGCGAAAGCAAAACCAGAGGAUCAGAAAACUUCUGAACAACUAAGUGAUGCUUUAUCAAAACUUAGCCUUGUGGAAGAUACACCCAUGGAACCCGUGACCCUGGAUCCAAUGAAACGAACAAGAAACAUUUCUAAUGAUCUCCAGCUUGAAAGCACAUAGCUAACACUUAUCUCGUUUCGUACAAUCAGAUUUUAGAAGCCUCAGUAAUUAACUUCUUCGAAAAAAGUGCUCUUUUGAACAGUAGUUUGAAAAAAAAAAAAACAAGUGAGAAGGCUUCUUGUUAUGUAGUUGUGAUAUUUGAAUCUACAGUCAAUGUAAACUGGCCCAAAUGGGAUCUGAGAUACAAUCUAGCUGGAUAUAGCUUCCAUGUGCAGGCUAUAUUAGUAACAUUUAAUUACAUGUUUUUGGUGCCGAGAUGGAGAUUGGUUAGAAGCUAUGAAUGCCAAAAUUAGAAAGCAUUAUGUUGUACUUC